AAAAAUGACAUUGUCAUCCAAACAAAUUGUCGUUGUGUUAAUUAUUGUUGGAUUCUGUGUUUCUUACACAUUGGCUUCUUCUGCCAGCGAACCAGCAUUCAAAAGUCAAUUACGUUCAUGUUUUGAAGGAAACAGAAACACAGAAUGCAUAGUCAAUCAAGGAAGCUGGAAUUCUUGUGGUCGUUCAGUUUAUUCUUCCUAUCAAUUAGCUGUUUCCAUUUCAAUGAAUUGUAUGAGAAGUGUUUGUGGUAGUCAAAAUGGUUUAUGUUGUAAUACUUAUUGUUCAAUGUUUGGUUUAUCUGGAAGUGAUCAUUCGAAUUGUUUCUCCUCAUGUUAUAAUUCAUACAGGCCAUCGACAAAUGGUGGUUCAUCUUUUGGUGGAAAUAUUCCUGCAGCUAGUGAUGCUUUAACUGGUUCUGUAUCUUGUUCUAUUCCAUGCGCUGCUGCUUUCUCCUUCUAUGAAAAUAAAGUAGCCGAAAGUGUGGCCAAAAAACCAGCAGAAGUCAAGACAUUCAAAACUUUGGUCAAGAAUUUACAAUCUGGCAAACCAAUCAAAAAAUCAAAUCCUGGCUACACAAUCACCUCUGCCAAGACUUUGUCAACCAGCAGCCCUAGUUCUGCAACCUAUUUCACAGCACUUAAACCAAAAGUUGUCCUGAAGGGAAGUGAACAUAAUCAAGUCUUACGUACCUCUAUUGAAGAAGCUGUUCCAACAAACUUGGACUCGGCUCAAUUUUACAAUUCUCAAGUGGCAUCCAAUCAAAUUUGUUCCAAUUCAAUGAAAGAUGUUGUAAAGGUUUCAAUUUUGAAGAAUACCAAAAUUGAAUGUUCUAAAUUGUUGCAAUGGAUUAAGAAUGAUAAGACAAUUGCUCCUGAAAAUUUGGAAAAUGUUUAUAAUUUCAUGUUGGUUUUGCAUCAAAAGUGUUCUGCUUUGCCAAAUAGUAAAUGUGUCAUGCCAAAUGUUGGAUCCAUCAAGCUCACUAACACUAAAUAAAUUGUGGAUCUAUCAAUUAAUAACUAAUUUUUAUUAGAAAGCACCCAAAUCAUAAAUUUCCAAAAUAAAAUUAUUUUAAAGAGUGUC